AUUUCUGGGAGUCAAGCAUAGAUAUAUGGAGGCCAGCAGAUAACUGUGUGAAUGUUAAAAUGUAUUCAAAAUGCAGCUCUCUGAGAGCAGUAAAAAAAAAAUAAAAUCACAUCAUAUCCCCUAAAUUACCUCAGAGCUGUUUGCAUAAAGGGUCCAGAGGCAGUACAGUAUAAGUACAGGGAUGUGAGUCAUGCAGAGAGCACACGGCAACGCUUCUGCUGGACACUCUGUGUUUCUGCAGCAGCAAAAGGGCAACUCUGAAGCUAGUUGCACAAACAGCUUUGAAGCACUUGGCAGAUGCAGCAAGCAAAAAUCUGAAACUACAAAUAAGGGCUGUUACUCAAGGAUAUCAUCAGAACUGAUAAAAACCUGCCAAUAAGAAAGUUGCAGGAACCCCUGUCCCACAAUGCCAUUUAUCCAGCUGCCACUGCUACUCUUCUGUUUGACCUUGUGUGGUGUUUGCUUCAACGAGGGACAGCUCCUUCCAGAGGAGAGUGAGAACAUAGGAAAAAGUCCCCUGGAUGACAUCCUUCAGAGAUCUGAAAGCUUCAUUCUUCAGUCUGUCCUCAAGAAAGCCCAGAAGGAAGAGGACAUUAAUAAAGAAUCAAAUGUCCCUCUGCUACAAUGGCUUUCUGAAAGACAACACUCUGGGAAAAAGUACCUAAGUAACCUGGAGAAGAGACAACAUCCUGGAAAAAGAGAUGUUGAGGAAGAGACAUCUUAUGGAGACAUUCAUAAGAGGCAGCAUCCAGGAAAAAGAGAGAGGGAAGAUGACCUUGAUGUUUAUCUGGAGCUGAAAAGGCAACAGCCUCCCAGCAGAAAGCCACUGUUGGAUCAGUUUGCUAACAGCCCUAGGGCACAGCUAACCUACAUGAACAAGUUAUACAAAAGAGAACAUCCCGGCAGAAGAUAUCUGAUGUAUAAGCACCAGCGUCCUAGCAAAAGAGGCUGGAAUUAUGAGGUAGACCUAUAUGGUGAGAAACUCCAGCAUCCUGGAAAAAGGCACUGGAAUUCUGACAGCUCAGAUGACACAGGCCCGUGCAACUUUCAGGAGUCAUUCACCUGUCACAAAGGCAGUUUGUUGCUUGAUUUGGUAGAAGAUGUUAGCAGAGAUAGGGUAGAAGAAAAGCGUCAGCAUCCCGGAAAGAGAUCUGCAUGGGAAAGUAAAACAGAGGAAUGAAAAAAUAAUUGUGUAGCACUUGCAUUUGGUGAAGUAAACUGCCAGAUCACCAAAACAUUCAGUUCACUCCUUUUUGGCUUCCCUUGCUGACCUCUGCACCUAUCUUCCAGCAUGUUAAUGUUCCCAUCCAAGUUAAUAGCUUUGUCAUACACUUAAAGCAAAGGAACUAAAAGAGCCAUCUGAAUGGAACAGGCAAGUACUGAGAAUCUUCAAUUCCCCCACUUUAGGCAGAGUGCUUAUCUUCUUAGGAGCCCAGACCCCAGAAUAAUCCAACUAUAUGUUCCUAAAUUACUAAAACAGGCUCUUAAAUUUCUGUUCUGAUGCUACUGAAGUAGAAUAAUUAUAUGGCUUCCUCUCAUAUCAAUGACAUCAGUAAACAGUGGGGGAGAAAAAAGAAUAUAUGCCAAUUGUUUGAAAAUUAAAUAGAGCAGGUUUUCAGUUCUAAAUUAUAACAUUCUGGACACCUGAGUCCUUGUACACUACAAUCUGUCCAGACAGUAAGCACUUAAGAGAGACAGGAACAGUUUCAACUGGAACAAAAUAAAUGAGUGACUUCAUAGUUUGACUUAGAACUGGCAUAGGAAAACCCUUUUUACCUAAGAGGCUACAGAGUGCAAACAUUUAAUGCAUCCCUGAACAUCUCAAGCACACACUGCGAUCCCCCUGACUGUGUACAGCCUACACUAGAACACCCUCCCUUGUAUUUCCACACUUUCAGUCAUGCCACUUGAAAUCAUGCCUUCUCUUCAGACAUUUAAUAAUAAAGCAAGAAGAGAUCCUUUCUUUCCAGUGAGGAUUUCUGAUUUCUCUCUUCUCAAAGGAAUGCUUUUACUUUCUGUGGUCAGACUUCCAAAAGUGUUUAUUUGAAAUGAAUUAUUCAAUAAACAUGAAUAGUCAA